GGCGUAAGUAAACUUCUAGGAGCCCUCUAAGAGAAAAUUUAAUAUAUUCAUAAACAUUAAGGACAUCUUUUCAAAAUAAUUCGCUAGUUUUUCUCUUCUUUUCGUUAUUGGUACAUAGGUCUAUAUAUAGGGGCACGGGUGAUCAACUGCUACUGAGUGUGGAAGCCGAGUGAACGAAAGCCGUCUCUAUUCCGUUCAAAAACAUUCGAAAUAUUUGUAUUGGACAUAGAAAAUCACUGCUUCGGGUAGUAAAUCUGCGGGAACUAGAAUUAAUACUUUACGUUGUGUUUUUCUUUAACACCCAGAAACCUGACUUUUUCUCUAAUAUCAAUCUCGUUUUUUUAACUUCCGCCAGUCUUAACAAAGUAAAGCAUUUUAAGCUACGUUGUGUGUCAUAUGUUUUUGUCCUCAUAUGAUGUGUGCCGUAGCAUUCAUAAAACUACAAUAAUGUAAAUGUGAGUUAAUAGGUAGUAUACUGAAGACCUCAUUAAAAUUUGGAGAUUCAAGGUAAUAAGGCUGUUAAAAUGACUUUAGGGUUUAAUGCUUUGAAGAAAAUGGUGUUGAUGGAUUUUUAAUGUAAUAUGCGUUUGGAAAAGUAUACUUUUCCUUUAAUCAAAUAGUGUAAUUCGUGGCCGAGCUUAUAAAUAUGUAUUUGUAUCUGGAGACAAAUAACGGCUUCUCUUAUAUCAGAUUAUCAGGUUACGUUGUCACCUAAACUUGACUGUCACUACGUGAAACAUUUUUGAAGUGGAUAAGAUGUACUUGCUUAACAUCAUCUCUAAAAUUUUAUAAUGUGACUAAUACUUAGUUACGUUCACCUAGAUCCAUACGUCACUGGUCUUAUAUGAAUUUAAAGCAUCUGAAUACCAUUUCUUCGGAAUGCUCUGAAAUCGGUCGAAAUAUCUGCUAUAUUUCAGGAUUUAUCACUAUCAACAUAUUUUAAUGUCUCACAAAAAACACAAGCAAAAAAGAAAGCAUAGAAAAUCAAGCACUGAUGAUUCUUCAUCAGAGAGUGAUUAUGAAUGGAAACAAGAUGAUCAAAGUCCAAAAGAAAAAUCUAAAAAAAGUGACGUACAGGAAAAUAAUUGGAUCACUGAUGUCAAAUCUCUGGACUGCUUUUUUGAUACAUUUAGUUCAAAGCCAAGCGGGAAUAAAGCAACGAAAAGUAGUCAGAAUAAUAGCUACAAAAUAAAUGAGCUUAAUCCUUACUUGAAAGAUGGAGGGAGUGGUUUGCCAAAUAGUGAGACUUCUUCAAAAUCUGUUUUGACAGACGAUAAUCAAUCAUGGUUGUAUAAGUCAUUCAUUCGUUGUGUUGACACAUCUAGGGAGACGGGUGUUAGUUUAAGAAAUGUAUUGCUUCAGCGUUGGGACGAAGAUACUGUGAAUGAUAUGUUGAAUAGAUUCGGAGAUAGACAUGGAAAUGACAAAUGUUCCAGAACGCAGUGUAAUUCUAACACAUUGGACAUGAAACCACGUUGGCGUAAAUGCCAGACUACUAAUCCUACUACUGAUAAACAUGAAAAAUCAUCGUCUCAUUUACAUUCAAAAAGAGUUUAUUCGCCCGAGGAUAUUGAAUCAUUAUCAAAGCAAAAAGAAUUAACCACGGAAUCAGAAAAUUCUAUCAAUGAUUGUCAAAGAACAUUUGAAGAACGUUUAGUUACAAAUGAUGACAUAAAUUCAGUCGCUGCUAAGGUGAUGCGAGCAGAAUUGGAGUCGAAUCACGUGAAAGUAGAAAAAUUAAAAGCAAAUUUAGAAAAAUUACGUGAAGCUAUGCGUCGUGGUAUUAAAGUACGAAUUCAUACUGUACAAAAGAAUAAAGCAAUCCAUAAUCAGUCAGGAGAUAAUCAGUCUAAAAUAAUCGCAUUAACACGUUUAAAUGAUCAAGGUAUUGAAAUACCAGUACAUAUACGUAAUCUUCCAGGAACUUCACAUACCAAUGAUAAAAACUCACAACGUUUUAAAUCUCAUGACUCAACUGGACAACGGAUAGCCUUCUUCCCAGAAGAUAAUGAAGACCAACAAGUUGCUGAUAUGAUACGUGAUGAACGUUUACAUUCAGCCAGUGAUAUGGAUUUGGAAUUUUCAAAACUUGCUAGAAAGAGUGUAGAAGAUGAAUACACUGAUGCUUUUGUGAAAAAACGAUUAAAUGCUGAAAAAGAAGCUAUUAAAUGUAAACAGGAUGCUGUAUCAUCUUAUAAGAGAAGAGUAUUUGCUGAGUCAAAGUGUUUAACUUGUCUGGAACGUGUUCCUAAAUAUUUAAUUGUUAGUCUUGGUGAAAAGGUAUACUAAUGUUUGAUUUUCACUACUUUUAUUCCGUGAAUUCUCUUCAUAAUAGGUUUAACUAUUCCGUUAUUGAUAUUCAAGACUAAAUUUUAACCAGUCUUUGCAUGUACCGUUACAUUAUGAGAAAAUGUUUCUAUUCAGUCUCUUUUCUACAAGUAGGUUAGUGGAUAAUAUGUCGAUAUUUCAAGCGACAGGUAUUGAAUUUGAGUACCGAUGUGAACAGCAUAGCGAUACAGGUACAUCCAUGUAGUGACUUUCAAGUAUGACAAAACGCCCGUUCCACAAUCCAAAAUAUAUUAAAACUUGUCAAUAAUUUUUGUUCUCAUCAAGAAAAUGAUCAGUUUAAUAUUGGAGACACUAAUAUCGACUGUUGAAAUCCUAUAACAACUUGAUUGUAUUACGAAUUAAUGUAGAACAGACAUUUCAAACUACUAGAAUGACUAAAUAGUUAAAGGUUAUACUUCUUAUGGAACCUAAAAAUCAUGGACUUGAUCCCAAAAUCUAUAUUGGCUAAUCUUAGAAUAAAAAUAAAAUUCAUUUUAAAGUUUUAUAACAUUUUAUAACAAAAAAGUUCUGUUUACUUUGAAGAAGCGGCCUAUGUUAAGUCACGAAACGCCAGAAAUACGACUUUUAUACUCAUCGGGAUAUAACAUAUAUAUAUAUAUAUAUAUCAUUAAUUUUCUACCCAACGCUCAAUUUAUUUGAAACUAUCAAAUUCAUUCCAUUUACUUCAGUCCUGGCUAUUUGUAGUUUCACUAGCUUUCAAUUUAUUUGACUUAUUUCCAGUUACAGUUUUGUGUACUUAGCUUCGAACCAUACUGUAAGUGUGAGGGCCAAUGAUAUUAUCCAACUGUUUGAACUGUUAUAAGUGGAGCCAGGUUAAAACCUGCAAUCUAGUAACUGAGAGCCGCUACCGCUUGGUCGAAUAUACACCCAUCUUUUACACAAUUACUCUAUUGCAUAAAAAAGGAAGUAACUGUCGUGUUCUUUUUUUUCUCCAGGUGUUUUUGUCUUUACCUUCCCAUAUUAGUAUGACACCAGGUUAUUGUUUACUUACACCUUAUGAACAUAUCAGUUCAACUACUCGACUAGAUGAAGAUGCAAUAAAAGAAAUUCGACAUUUCAAAUAUCAACUAACAGUAAUGUUCGAAGAGCAGUACAGUCAGUCAGGUUGUGUUUUCAUUGAAACUGCUAGUAAAUCGGAUACUAUUCGUCAUCAUGCACAAGUGGAGUGUAUUCCGGUUCCCAAAAAAUUAUACAGCUCACUACCUGCUUACUUUAAGAAAGCCUUAAGCGAAAUUGGCUCUGAAUGGGAUCAAAAUCGUCGCCUGAUCACAUUAAAACCGGGUGGAUCUGGCGCGUAUGGUGCAAUUCCUCCGAAAUUCGCUUAUUUAGCUGUAGAGUUCGGUACUACAAAUGGUGGUUUCGCACGUAUUUUAGAUGAAGAACACGAAAUAUCUUCAUAUUCUGGACGUGAAAUUAUAGCUGGUGCACUAGACAAAGAGCCUCGUCUAUGGCG